AAAACAGGCUUUCGUGAGCGGAGCUACACAUCUCAGCCUCUCGCAUUCAUGGAUGGAACAAAGAAGCGGUCAGUGGAAGAGUUUGGCGAGCUCUUGGGGAAACACUCGGAGGAAAUCACGUUAAAAUGGUCUAUACCCAAGCUCUCGUGUUCGGGAACGGGAUGACCGUCAGGAGCGAGCAGGACAACCUGGCGGAGGACCUGAGCUUUCUACAGCCCUUCAGAUGCGACAGAGACCAACUCAAACACUGCGGCAGACUCAUGAAAGCACAGAGCUCAUCAAGUCUGGGAUCUGAGUGCAGUUUGGAAGAGGAAGGAGAAGAUGAUGUGGGUCUUCAACUCAACCUAUCCAAACGCAUUGAGAAGUGCCUCUAUGAGGCCAAAGGAGCCAGUCUGAGGUGUCAGGAGCUGCGUCUGCCCCGGCACAUGACCGCACGUGUGGCCGGAGACAUCCUACAGUCUUCCAUGGAUGAGCCGUGUGGGAUUCGAGGCGCACUGAUCCACAUGUUCAUGGAAAGCAAGGGCACACUACUAAAGCUGGGCACCAUCAUUCCCGAUCAGAGUCUCACACCGACCUUCGAGGUCUCGGUGGUCCUGCAGCCUGAUCUGAGCGGAUGGCCUCCGCUGAAGAUCCUGUUCGGAGGCGGGAAGGUCUUGAGCCUCAGACGUGAAUAUCGGCUGAUCAAACAGAAACUCUACUCGUCCGCCACCCCUACUGUACUUGAGUUUUAUUAAAAGUGUGGUAUUAAAAAUAAAAAGGAGAAAACAAUGCCUGAGGUCUCCCGGGGGAGACGACAAGUUUAGGAAAAUUUCACUUUUUUUGCACAUUAUUUUUAACUGUUACAUAAGUGUAUUUCAAAGUUUACUGAAAGGGGUUUAAUUUUGAUAAUGUUGAAUGUCAGAAGUUGAUCUUGUGCAAAUGACAUUUCUAACAUCGUAUGAACAGCUAUGUUGUUAAAAUACUGCAUUAUAUAUUGCCUAAAAAUCAUUAAUAUACAUACAAAUAGAAUGUGUAUAUAACCUGAUGCAUAAAUACUAUCAUUCAACAGUUUGGGGUUAGGAAUUUUUUUUUUUAAGUCUCUAUGCUUAAUAAAAUAUCUGGUUUCUAUUUUAGUUUAUAUUAAAAUGUAUUUAUUAUUUUGAUGGAAAGCUCCACUCUUAAACCUUCAGAUGUCACACUAUGUUGAUUUGCUUAUCUCGAUCUCGGAGACAAACACUACUGUCAGGUGACACGGCCCGUGUGAUCCGAACAUCUUUGGGUGUGCUGCAAAUGUGAAUGUUCAGUUGUGAUUCUUCACUAUUGUUUACUGAUGUUCAGGGAUAUAGGAGGGUUCAUGUUAUGUAAGAAUCACCCGGCUGAUGUAAGCUGACAUCAUUCAUGGAUAUCUGUGUGUUUUCUCAUGACUUUAAACAGGACAAGCUGGUAUUGUCCUCCCAGUGAAGCAUUUGUACUAACAGUUUUUGUUUGAAAGCACAAGUUGAAUAAAUUAUUCUUAAAAUA